AUGUAGAAUGAAGAAAUACAAACAAUUUAAUAAGAUGAAAAACUAGAAUAAACCUCAGAAAAUUAUGUUAAUUCAUAAGAAUAAUAGCAGGGGGAAAGUGUUAAUUUGGAUAGAUUUUAAACUAAUAUCUCUACAAAUGAAGGAAGAAUAAAAUUAUAGUUGAAGGAAAAUUUGUAAAAAAAAGAAGUUAAUUAAAAAUUAGAGAGCAAUGAAAAUGAGGAUUCUGAUUCGAAUAAUAGCGAUUACUUACCUCCACCUAAUCCUAUAUUAAAUUAUAAUUAAAAUGAUGAUUUAGUUAAAACAGCUUAUAAAUUUGUAUUUAAUAAGCUUCCAUAGUUCAAUGAAUACAAUCAAAAUGGUAAAUAGUUAGUGUAGACAACUCCUCAAAACAUGAAAUUUGCUAGUAAAAAAAUUGAAGCUGCUUCUAAAAAAGAUAAGGCUAAUAAAGAAGGUACUUUAUAAGAAAUAUAUGGAAGUAUGGAACCUAUUUAUAGAAAGAUGGAUAAUACAAAUUACAAUUUUGUUCCUCUAAAUAAGAAAAGAUAUUUCUCUGGCCUUUUUUGUGAUUUAAAAAAAUUAGUGAAUGAUGAAAAAGGAGAUGCUCUUACCACUUAAUACGAUUUAAUAUCAUAUUUACAAAGAAAUUCAAAAAUAAUUAUUCAGUAAGAUAAUGAAAAAGCUUAAAUAAUAGAACAGCAAUAAAAUACUGAAUCUCUUAAUAAAUUAAAAUAUAAACAUACUCUUAGAAUGGAUUCGUCUUUUGAGAGUGGAAAUUUAUUUGCUGCCUAUUAAAUAGGACCAAAAGAGUAUGAUCUUGUACUUUAGAACGAUACUAACUCUAAAGGAAAUACUUAAUGGUUUUUCUUUUCAGUUUAAGGGACUUAAAAAAAUCAAAUAGUUAGAUUCAACAUUGUCAAUUUAAUGAAAAAUGAUAGUUUGUUUAACUAUGGAAUGAGACCUGUAGUAUUUUCAAAGAAGAAAAAUGAAUAAGAGUAAUAGGGAUGGUUUAGAGGAGGUUUUAAUAUUUCUUACUUUAAAAAUUAAAUCUUAAGAGAAUCGCAAGAAAAAAAAACAUACUACACACUUUAAUUCAGCUAUAAAUUCGAAAACAGUAAUGAUACAGUUUAUUUUGCUCAUUGCUAUCCUUACACCUACACUGAUCUAAAUAACUAUUUAAGCGGACUACUUUCUUCAAAUCCUUCAGAAAUGAGCAAAAUAUGCUAAAGAAAAAAACUUUGCUUAACUCUAGCAAAAAAUAAAUGCGAUAUCUUAACGAUCACUGCUCCAAAAUAAUUAAAAUCAAGUGCAAACCAAAAAUCUAAAUAAGCAAUAAUCAUAAUUGCAAGAUAGCAUCCAGGAGAAACUCCUGGAUCUUGGAUGGUUGAGGGAGUUAUUAACUAUUUGUGCAAUCUAAAAAGUGAGGAAGCUUCAUAUUUGAGAGAAAAAUGUGUCUUUAAAGUAGUACCUAUGGUCAAUCCAGAUGGAGUGAUUCAUGGUAAUUAUAGAACAGAUUUAAGUGGUGUAGAUUUAAACAGAAAUUGGUUAACUCCAGACAAAUAAUAUUUAACAACAGUAUAUGCAAUAAAAUAAUUAAUCAGCUCUAUUUCUAGGGAAUAUAAAAUUCGUUACAUAAUUGACUUGCAUGGUCACAGCAAAAAAAUGAAUGCUUUUUUUUAUGGAAAUCCUAAUGAUGAUGAUGUUGAAGAGUCAAGAAUAUUUCCUUUAGUCUGUGCUGAAGAAUGUAAAUUUAUAGAUUUUUCAAGCUGCACCUUCAAGCUGCAGUAAAGUAAAUCCAACACAGCGAGAAUAGCUUUAUUUAACUAGCUUUUUAAAGUUUAUAAAACAAAUAUUUUAACUUUAGAAGCAUCUUUUUAUGGUUCAACUAAUAAAAAUUAAGAAAAGAAUCAUUUUACUAUCGAAUAAUAUAAGGAAAUCGGAUCUGCUAUUUGUAAAUCUAUGUAUAAACUUUAUAAAUAAGAAGAAGAAUAUGAGAUGGAAAUUUAAAAAUAGCUGGAAUAAUAAAAGGCUGAGUAGCAGCAAAACCAAGGAGAAAAUUCAUAUUCAGAUAGAAAAUAAAUUAUAGAUGUUUAGAUCUAUAAAAGCAUGAAUGUUUAUGAAAGAUUAUUUAAAAACUUCAAGUGUGAUGUGCAGUCAGUUCUGAAAAAGAGUAUUAAUAAAGACUAGACUAAAACAAAUAAUGAUUCUUCAGGUAGUGAUUCGGAUCCAAGCGCAGAUGAGCUUAAUGUAAAGGAAAUUAAAUCGAUAAAUGAAAAUUUAGCUAAAGUUAAUAAAAAUUCUGCUUUAAAUUCUGUAAUUACAAACAACGGAGGUAAUACAAGCACAUCGAAACAAUCUUAGAGUAGAAAAUAAAAUACCAGUUCAAUGUAUAAAAAUGAGAAUGCUUCACCAACUACAUUUAAGUCUGCUUUGAAGUAAAGAACAUUUGAAGAAGAUGAAAUAAAAUAGAGAAAAAACAUGGUUUCUUCAUAGUCAGCCUAAAAUACUAGUAUAGCUAUACAAACUGAUUACUAAGAAUGGCUGAAUCGUGAAAAGAGUUUAUCAUUAUUUAGUAUAAAAAUAUAAGAUGAAGAAGAGUCGAUAGAUAUUAUAGACAUAAAUGAUAUUUCUAAGAAAUAAAAUAAUUACUAGAUGGCAUUAGAUUUAUCUUCAAGGAAUUCACAUCAUCAUUAGAACUCAUUGAGUUUGAAUCCUUCUAAUUAAUCAAGAGGAAAUAACAAUAUUAAAAGUGAAUUAAAAUCUUAUUAAGAGUGUGUUUAUAAUUCUGCCCAGCUUAGAUAAAGUGGUGCUAAAACAGAAUUACCUCAGUAUAGAAAAAAUAGCUAUUGGUAGUAGACAUAUAAUUAGAAGGCUUCUAAAAUUACAAUGGCUAACAGUGAAUAAAAUUCUUUAUAAUAAUCUUAAAUAGUAACAAAUAAUGAAUUUAAACUUCCUAGUGCAAUAAAUUCUUCUAAUGCUAAAUCUAUAAGUACAAGUCCUAUGAAAAAUUUAGAAAAUUAGUCUUUUAUAUAUAACAGUUUGAACUAAGGUCAAAAUGUUGCUAGCUAAAGUGAAACUAAUUAAAAAACCGAUGACUUGUCUUAUAAUCAAACCUUUAAUAACAGUGCAAAUCCACAAUAAUAAUAAUUUUCUCAUCUCUAUAAAACAAUAUUUCGUUCACCAAAGGAGGAAAAUUAAAACUUUUUAGUAUAAUUAAGUAGAAAUACUUAUAAAUUAACAAGGUAAGGAUACAUAAACUAUAGUAAUCAAAUAGUUGCUAUGAAAAAAAACGAUGUUGGGCCGUAGGCUACUUAGCUGCAGUUAACAGUUAGGGAUUAAAAAAAGUUAAAAGUAAUUGGAAAUAAUCGAAUGCAAAGCAGAUAAAAUAAUAUAUCAAAUUCUUAUAUUGAAACUAUUACAAAAUAAAAUGCUAAAGGAUAAAAUAUUAUCCUUAACGAUGCUUGCACUUAAACUUUAAUAACUUUAUAGUCUAUAUCUAGGUUUUGUAAGACUUAGCCAUCUCGAAACAAGGAAUAAUCUCCAGAAAGAUAACUGAAAAAAGAAAUUUUUUCAAAAAGUAAAGAAUUAACUGAAUCUACGAUUAUAAAACAAUUUAACAAUAAUGUCAAUAAUUAAUUAAGAAGUGCAAUAGGUAAAUAGGAAAAUAAUGAAAAGCAUAACAAACUUAAAAGUAAAAGAUCAGGAAGUUAAGAUUUGGUUAUACAUUAUUACGAUAAUAAUUAAGAUAAGUUUAUUGAGUAAAAAAGCUCUUUUGAUGAUAUUAAUGUACUUCCUGAAGAAGUUAAAAACAAUUAAAUAUUACUUUCUAAUCCUUCAGAAACCAGAGGAGUUCAAAAAAAGAGAAACAAAAAUUAAAAUUUGACAAAUAGAAACUUUAUUCAUAGUUCUAAAACUUAGUAAGUAUCUCCAGAUGAUAGAUUAAAUAUGCUAUGCUCAGAUUUAUAACCCUUAAAUAUACAGCUCACUAAAAAUAUAUCAACUAAAAAUACUAAAAAAAAUAAUGAACCGCAAUAGGCUAAUUCUCAAAUUUGUUAAGCAGGUGAUAAUUUAGGUCAUUUAACAAGUAGGUAAAAUAGUAAAAAUUUAUCUAAUUCCACUCAUUUAAAUUAAACAUCAUCUGCCUAGCCUAAUGUGUAUUUAUAGCAAACAUAAUAGAAUUCUCUAAACUAAAGCGGAUAAUCUGUACUAACGGGGAGUGUAAAUAAUAAAAAUGUGGCAUCAAAUAAUAUGGUGUCUCUUAUAAACAAUGAAAGCUAAUUAAACAAUAAAACUACGGCUUUGGGCAACAAUAUAAUACUAAACAAAGCAAAAGUUCUUUAAAUAAUCAAUACUUAAUUCGCAUCAAAUAAUUAAUCUCAUAAUUCAAGCAAUGAAAUCAAUGUACAAGGAAUUAAUAUAAAAUCUAACCCAUAUUAGAGUAUUAACUUAUAGGCGUUUGGGAGUUUGACUUCCAAUAUCUAAACAGUAAAUUAAAAACUACAAUUGCUUCCUUUGGAAGUUGAAAUAACUUAAAAAGAAAGAAGGAAUUCUCUAAUUUAAAAUAAAAAUUCCUUAAAUACUAGUUUACCUACUACUUCAUAUAUACAGAAUUAAAGUUUACAAAAUAAAGAUAGUUUAAAUAACAAAAUUAAUCGUGUGACAAAGAACGCAAGAAGUUUAUCUGGAUAGAAAGGAUAUGGAGAUUCUUAAGGAUAAUAAUAUUUAUAAAGUACGAAUAUUUUCAAUAACCAAAUAAGUGGAGGCUCUAUAUAAAAUUCUUUAAUAAACUAAGCAGAAUACUAUAAGUAUGAAAUAAAUCAAAAAAAAGAUGCUUAGAGAAGAACUUCUACUUAGAAUAAAUUACAGAAAGAUUUAAUGGAGUUAUCUCAAACAUUCUAAAAUGAUUCAUAAGUAAAAAUCACUUAAUCAGAUUAAAAAAAUAAAUUGAAUAAGCUUUAAUAAACUCAUAACUUAAGCUUUGAUUCCUACAACGUUUUACAAUCUUAAGGAAACUUAAAUAUAUCUUGCACUCAAAAUGCAAAUCAAAUCGAUUCAAAUUUAACUAAUGGAUUGGAUAUCAACUCCUAGAUGAAUAAUUCUAAAAAUAUAAAUAUUAUAUCAGACAACUUUGAAAAUCAUGUUAGUAAAUUCAAGUCAAACAAAGAAAUUAUCGAAUUUAUAAAGCAAUAAAAAGCUAAUAAAUUAUAAACUUAACAUACAACAGCUACAAUUAAUUCUACUAAUGUUAGUAAUCCUUUAUCUGGAAUAAAUUAAUCAAUGAAAAUCGCGUUUGUGCAAAGACAAUCUAGAAAAGUAUAUAAUUCACCUUUUAAUUAGAGAUUUUUAGAGAAGAUACUAAAUUGA